AAGCCAGCAAAAUAUCGCACACAAAAAAACAAAACAAAAAAAGUAGUUGAUCUCCUCGCGGCGGCGCUCUCUCUCUCUCUCCGCCGGCGACGAUGGCCACGGCGAACGGCGUCGACCUCGCGACGGCGGGGCUCCUGCGGCUGCUGGCGAUGGGGAUGGGGCCGUCCGUGCAGAUUCCGGGAGAAGGCGGGGUUCCGGUGAUGAUGGUGCAGCACAUCAUCAUCGGCGACGACGGCGGCGACCUGUUCUCCGGCGGGCUCGGCGGCGGCGUGCCCCCCGCGUCGAAGGCGGCGAUCGCCUCGCUGAAGGAGGUGAAGGCCGGGGAGGACGGCGAAGGCGGGGACUCGCUGGGCGACUGCGCGAUCUGCCUGGACGCCUUCGCCGCCGGGAAGGAGAUGCCGUGCGGGCACCGGUUCCACAGCGAGUGCCUCGAGCGGUGGCUCGGCGUCCACGGGAGCUGCCCCGUCUGCCGCCGCGAGCUCCCCGCGGCGGAACAACAACCACCAGAGGAGCAGCAGAGCGGCGGCGCGGACGCCGGCGAGAGGCGGAGGCCGAGGGCGGUGGUGGUGAGCUACGUGGUGCUCGGAGACGGCGGCCGCGGCGGGGAGAGAGGGGAGCCAUGGAACAUUAGGAUAGAGGACGUGGAUUAGGACCAGGAUUAUAUUCUUCAAAUUGGUUUCAAUUGGUUUUAAGGUGGUCGAUUUUUCUUUCGGUUUUUGUAUAUACACUACUAGCUGCGAGGGGAGAAAAAUCGAUUGUGAAUAUUUUUUAAAUGUGGAAAAUGAAAGUAAUGCAAUUACAGAA